AGUAAACGUAUUUGACCACAACCAGAACGACGUGCUAAGUCUGUCAGACGUACCGGCUCGAUCAAUUCAACUUAUAUUGUCAUUUGUAAACAUACAAUACGAAGACGCGGGAGUACUUACGUCGCGUCGUCUAAAAACAGUGUUGUGCUUUUUCAAAUAAAUAAGUGAUAUUAGUUUUAUUUAAACCAGUGUAUUUAGUUGGGUGAUUUUAAAAACUUAGAUUCAGUCAGUUUUAUUAAAAAAUGGAAGGGCACUUUGAGGGAAUGUUAGACCGCGACCAAAGGACUGCGAAGUUAAGGUUUUACGAAAAUUCUACCGAAUUUAUAAUAAAAAAUAAAGGGUUCCUGGAAAAUUUGUCAAUUAAAACAAUGCCCAAGCCCGUUAGUCACAGUGCGUUUCCAAGAAGAACGAGUUCAUACUCUUCGUACUUUACAAGUAAAAAAGGACACAUAUGGAGCAGUAUACAAAGAUUAAAACGCUUCCUAAUCUUCGGUGCCUACUUGACCCUCAUCGCCGUUCCCACAUCGUUAGCGGCGCCUUUAAGCAUGUUCCAUCCAAAUGAAGUACCGAAAUGGAUCAACCCCUGCGGGAAAGAAGUUGCCUCCAGCAUCUCCACCAAGUCCUCCGACAGCGAAAUUUUCCAAGCCAUCAUCAUGCAAGCACAUACCACCAGAGAUCUAGCGGCAGAUAUUAAAGACGAAUUUGUAAAACACAACUUCAAAGCCCCAGUUAAUACCGCCGCUUUCGAUAACAUAGAAUUGGAAAAAAUGGAGGAAUGGUUACCCAAGUUGCCCAAAAAGUACAGCCAAUCUGUACCACAGGAGACACUUAAAGCUUUGGAGUUUGAUGAAGCAUUAUUGGAUAUAUACAAGAUCCUCCAGACUUCUGCAGUGAGUAUGGAACAACUGGUGUGGGAAAAACAAAAUUCCCCCAUACAUCAAGACUUGGUCUCUGUCGAGCAGAACCUUAAAAAUCUUCUUUGCGAGAUUCAUGAGAUGAUUCGGUAUCGUAAUCUUGUCGUAACCGAUGUUGACAGAAGUAUUAUGACUGAAGAAGCCAGAAACGUAAACACAUCCGAUGGAACUAUAAGAAAUUGGAUUAUCUACAGGGAAUUCAUGAAUUCUUUGGAAUAUACCAGUGAAUUGUUUACUUAUUUUUCGAAGGCUCCAAAAGUGGAAUCGUAAAAUCAGUCUAACUAUCAGUAUUCGUAGUCUAGUACUUUAGGUAUUGUGCAAAUGCCAAU